AUGGAUGCGACCAACGGGCAGAAGCCCCACGUGGGGCAACCUCCAACUGGAGGAUCUACCUCUGACAAGGGUAAGGAAUGGCAAAUGGAGCUGCUGAUGGAAAAAUUACGCUCCAAAGCUUCCACGUUUAAACCUUUGGUGGAGACUGCGAAAAACAUGCGCAUGGCCAUGUUGGACAAGCGAUUCGCAAUUGACAGCAUAGAGAAGAAUCAGUUGCAGAAAUGUUUGGACACUCUGCAGCAUUCUAUCAAGGUCACCUCAUUUCAGUCCAUGGUAGAGCGUUUAGAAAGCUUAGCAAGACAAUUAGGAUUAAAGUUCAUGAUGUCUGGUCCUCCAGGCACAGAAAUAUUCAUAUCCUCCGACAUGUUUUUCUUGGAGGUCCUGUUAGAGCCAUCAGGACUUGUUAGGGACGUUAAAAUCCAUCAUGAGGGAAAAACUGAGCAACAGAGUUGUGAGGCACUUGCAUCGGCUCUAUCGCGCGGUGACUUCGUUGAUUUCACUACGCAGCUGGAAGGACUAGCGUCGAUAUAUCAACUGAAUGCUGAUAAGAAAGUAAAGUGCAAGGCAUUUAGCGCUUUGCAAUCUCUUGAGGCUGACCUGGGUGUUUUGGCACAACUGCAAACGUUUAUAAAAGAACCGUUCAAUCUGGUUCACAAGAGUCCCGUCGGAAUUUUGGAGAGAAGAAGAGGCGGCCAUCCGAUGAAAUUGACGUAUUUUGUCUCGCCAUACGAUUUAAUCGACGAAGAGAAUCGAACCUACGAUACUUUAAAUCCUGAUACUGUUAUUAAGAGAAAAAUCGGGCACUCGGUGACCGUUUGUAUGGAAGGUUCGACGGGUCACAAGCUACCUACUUCUAGUAUCAUAACUGUAAACCGAAGUCCCACGGGCAAGAGUACUCCUUCGUAUGCUCCGCUGACUAGUACAAAUUCCUCCAUGCUGCCCGCCUGCUUUGUGCUGAAACUUGGUAAGAAAAUGCCUAUCUGCAUGGAGCUGGUGAAGAGGAUACAGAAAGUCACAGAGCUUGAGUGCGGCGACAUCUCCGCACCACAUCCGAUGCUCAGUCUAAUAAUACAGCACGCGAGCGACGGUCAGCUAGAUUGUCGAAACAACAGAGGAUUGUAUGUGACCUUACCGGAUCAACAGCACUGCUACUUUAUGACGGAAAACAAGAACAUGGAGGGUGUGCUGGUGUGCAGUAUUCCUUUCACACAUCCCGCGCACGUGCCGCAGAUUCUGGUGUACUUACGGCAGCAGGCGUUGUUCAAUUGUCUGAUCGCGAGCUGCGUGCGACCGAUGGCACGUCAGGAUCUGGAGCAUACUACCAUGCUCGAGAUAAGCGCUCUUUCAUGGCAGCAUAUCAGCGUGAGUGUGGAACAUCCGUACGAGGAGACGAUGGCUACCGCGGAACUCGAUUUGACGGACAUAUCGACGCUCAAGUGCCGGUUGUACGGCGUGAGUAUGACGACGAAUGCGGAACAGACGUCGGACCUCAGCGGCAGAGUGCUGCAACGUUGCCUCAGCAUCCCGUUGACCAUGCGAGUAUUGCUGAAGAUCUGGGAGGGACGCUCUUUACCCGCGGUGAUGAAUAAUUUGACCAGCAGUAGCGGCAGCAGCAACGGUAGCUACAAUCUCAAUUUGGGAUCCGGUGGUAAGGAUCAAACCGGGCAAAAUGCAUCCGGUACCACGCCCGGUAUACCAGAUUUUACAAACGGCGAAACGAAGGUGAAACAAGAACCCGGUUUGAACAACGGCAGUAACGGAUGUAUGGGAGGUAGACAGACGCAGCAGCAGCAGUCUUCGUCGAGUCAAUUACAGCAGCAGCAACAACAGCAACAGCAGUCUUUUUUAGAUGCCGGAACGGAAAAUAGUAUCGGUUUUCCGUCGUAUUCCGGCCAAUCCGAUACGACGACAAUGACGAUGAGCACCACUGGAACGAACAACACUUCUUCCUCUAUGUUGAACCCGUUGCAGCUUGGUGCGCUGAUGGGCCAGGCGAAAACCUCUAUGACAGGUAAUUCGAGCACGAACGAGCGCGGGAAGAAAACACGGAAAAGAAAGACUGGCACAGACGGUCUUUGGCGUAGCCCGAAGCGAAAGAGCGACGGCGGAGACAGUAGCAUCGCGACAGAGAUUCUGUUAGAGAGCUCGAGUUCGGAGAACUCGACACCGCUGGGAACGCCCACGGGCGGUCGAGAGAAUCUCGUGUCAGAGACCAGAACGUCUACACCGACUUCGGCAACCAGUUUGACAAGCGGUAUAGAUUUUUCGGCCUUGGACACCACCGAUAUACUGGAUAAGAGUGCCUCGGAUUAUGAUCUUGACAAUUCUGAGAGAGAUAAUGAGAUCAUGGAGGUGCAACACAGUAGUACCGAACAGCAACAACCGCAGCAAGACGUGGAGGAGUUGAUAAAGAUGCGCGAGUCCUCAUCGGCACGCAAGUCGAAGAAGAAUCGAAGUGGUGGUGGUAGUGAGGAGAAGAAAUCAAGUCCAACAAGUAUAUUCGUCGACGAGACAUCGACGACGAGCAGCGGCAGUAAAAGUCUGCCGGUGCCACCGUCAGUAAGCAUCACUCCAAUCUCAUGUGGUAAUUUGGAUCAAGCGAGCACCACCAACUAUAACUCCGUGUUAACGGGCAUGGGUUUGGAAAAGAGACCUGGUAUUGAGAUUAUACCCAUCGCUUCGUCACCGUCGCAGACUACCCUACCAAGCUCGAUCACUAUCACGCCAAUCGCCGGUCCGUCACCGUCGCCGAAGACUAGCGGUUUGACGAGCGCGACGGAAGAUCGGCAGCGAAGCGAACGGAAAAGCGGCGGCGGCAGCGGCGGCGGCGGUAAGAGCAGCAGCGGCAGUAGCAGCAAGAGCAGCUCCGAGGAUAACAAGAGCGGCGGAAACAAACUGGAGAAACGGCGCAAACGUAAACGGGAGGACAGCCCGAUGGGUCCACCGGACAAAGUUCCGUCGAGUGGCAAACAGCAGCAAGACCCACUCUCAAAACCAGUGUCAGUGAGCAUCAAACCGAGCACCGAGCAGUCACCGCCGAGCAGUGGUAGUAGCAGUGGUGUUGGUCUGAGCUGCUCAUCCUCGCGGCCUACCUCACCCGCAGCCGUGAGAAAGUUCAGUCCAUCGCCCACGCAUUCGAGUUCGCUCGCUACGCUUGUAGGCAAGUCCAGUCCUACUUUGAAAGCUGGUCAAUCGGCGGUAACCUGCGGCAAACCAGUUCAAAGUCCGAAGCAUUCGCCUGUCUACGGCAGCAGCCCGAAACACAACACGCCGAACGUGGUGGUUCCUAUGUCAGUUCCGAUGUCGCUAUCCGUGUCUACGGUGCCCAACACAGUAGGCAAUGUGCCUUCCGUAUCAGUAUCCGUACCGGUCCCGGUACCGGCUAGUGCGAGCCCUAAACACGGAAGCACCUCGUCUCCAAAACACGGUAGCUCGGCUGCGAGCAGCGGCAAGCCCAGUAUGUCUGCUCUGAAAUCAGCGGCAAACUCGCCAUCCAGCAAGAGCAGCGGCGGCAGCUCCUCCGAUACGCCGGCAAGUUCAUCCAAAGUUAAGUCCUCCUCUUCGUCAUCCUCUAGUAAGGAUUCCUCCGGGCGUGGAGAUAAGGAGAGACGAACCUCGUCCGUCAGCUCAUCCGGUAGUUCGGGCGGUGGUCAUCAGAGUCCCAAGACCAAGUCCUCCAGUGGUAGUAAGCUGAAGCAAUUGGAAAUGAUCCCUUCCGGCGGCGGUGGCGGCGAAGCCACCCAGGUUUCCUCUCUUCAGGGCUCUGGCGGAAGCACUCCGCCAUCCGGCCAGGUCGAUGCAGCGAGCAAGUCUGCGAUCGCGGCCCAGCAGGCUCGAAACCGCAAGAGUUCUCUCAAUGCUGUGAUCGAUAAACUGAAGAACGCGCAGCACUGUAGCGAGACCGACACCUGCGGGAACGGUGGCGGUACCGUGAAAGGCAGCGGAUCUUCUGGUCUCGGCGGUGGCGGUACUGCUGGAAUGAGCAGUGCUGGACCGAAGGAGAAAGGUAUCGGUGGCAGUGGUUCGUCGUCGUCGAGUGGAGGGAAGACUAUGGUCGAGGGAGGGAAGUCUUCUUGCGUCACCAAGAACGCGUCUGUGGAUGCAAAGAAUCCUGCCGAGUACAUGGUGAAGCAUAGCUCAGACGGGAUCAAGAUUACCAUCAACAAAACUCGCACCAAGGAUUCCAAGCAGUCGGCCGGCAACCUGAAGUUAUCGUCAGCGGGAGCGAUGACUGCUGCGACCUCAUCCUCGAGCUCCUUGUCAGCCGUAGCCUCUUCGUCGUCGUCGUCGUCAUCGUCCAGCAACGUAACUACCGGCAGUAACGGUUCGCCAAAGACACACACGGGUCUCAAGCCUGGCGUGAACUCCGGGCCGGCGUCAAAGAAACCGCAAACAUUACAGUCUGCGCAGAAAUUGCUACCCGCAAAGAUGAUGCUGGGCGCCGCCGGUAUGAAGUCCGCUAUCUCUUCCUCGGGCGCGGUGAAUACCGGUGGUGCGAGUAUCACGCCGACCGCGACGGGGGGCGUCGGGGGGAAUCUCUUGUCAAAGAGCGGCUCGUCCAAGGCUUCCGGAUCACCGAAAACGAGCUCCGGUGCAACUGACCUGAGUCGUGGACGGGACAAGCCCCGAAUCCCGAAAUCCGGCGACAAGGGAUUGUUCGCGUCGAAAGGUCUCGGUGACGCCAGGAAGUCAAGCCCGUCCGCUCUGCGAGAGGAGAGCGAGAGCGAGCGCGCGUUUAAACUGUUGGCCGCACACGCGUCCAUUUCCAGUCUUCCGCCGAGCCUGCCGCCUCAGCUGGUGAUGGAGGGUCUGAUGAAACAGCUAGACACCAAGUUUCAGAUACCGAAGUUAUCAGCCCGCGCGAACACCGCAGACGCCGCCGAUAAAAAUAAAUCGUCGGACAAGCUGUCCAUACUGCCCGAUUCGGGCAAACAGACCCUCGACGGCUUGAAGCAAGAACAGGGCAAGAUCGCCGGUCUGUCCACCGUGUCGGUGUCCAAGUCGUCGCUAUCGGACGAUCAAUCGAGACGGGACCAUUCGCAGAACAAGCCGGACAACCUGUCGAUCGCUACGUCUGCUACUGGCGCGAUGUCCUUGAAUCUCGUCGGGGAGAACGCUGGUGGUUUGAUGUUGCCUCCACACUCGGCCGCUGAUUCAGAUGUACCUACGAACCUGUGCAUUCAACCUAUAGUGGAUAACGAGCCCUCACGGGACUCCUGCAAGGACUUGGGAAUGAGGCAAACGUCGACUGGUCAGCAGUUUCUCAGCAAAAUCGAUGACACAAGCGCCACCGGCGGGAUUCUCUCCAAGGGCAACGUUCCUGAUCAGUUGGCGUCGUCGGGCACCAAGUCCUACGCAACGAUGACAGGUUCCAGCACUUCGACAGGGUCGACAGUCGUCUCCAUUGUUUCCGAGAGCCUGAACCUGAGCACUAAACCUGCCGAUCAAACGGCUCUGCAAACCAAAUACAACAAGAUCACCGAAGAGAAGAAACAGCAGCAGCAGCAGACGUCAUCGUCGUUGUCUUCCUCUACAUCAUCAUCGUCAGCCUCGUCAUCGACUUCGAUUUUCUCGUCGCUGAGUGGUGUCGUGACUACGUCAGAUAGCAAUCCGAUCGUUAUGACACCCGACAGCAUCGGUGGCGGCGGCGGCGGCGGUGGCAGUAGCAGCAGUGGUGGUGGUAGUGGUGGCGGUGGUGAACAGGAAGUGGCGGCAGCUGCAGCCGCGGCGGCAGCGGAGAUGCUGCUGGACUUCUCCGCGGCCAAGGACCCGAUGACGAAGGGGAGCGGCCACGGCUUACCGGCGUCCCUGACGCAGCAUCACUUGACGACGAUCCCGGAGCGGGCGAUGACCCAGGCGGCGUCGACGGUGCGUCGCAACACGCCGCCACCACCGCCACCGCCACCACCGCUUCCGGCCCCGUUCCCGCCCGCCGCGAGUCCGUCCGUCAGUGUACACAUCGUCAAGAGCCCGGCGCCGAGCCCCCGGGUAAUCCCACCCUCUCCCCAUUCGUCCGCAUCGCCCUGCAUCACCGAUGACGAGUUAAUGGAUGAGGCGCUGGUCGGCAUGGGUAAAUGAAGAUUACUCAAAUUGUAAGACAAAGAAUACUUGCCUCUGUUAUUCUUCAAUGUUAUUAUAGACCGGGAAAGAGGAGAACCCACCGGAAACAGGAACACCCGAGUAAACCUCUGAACCUCCCCCCUCCCCCCCAAAAUUGUACAAAUUGUACCCAACUCCUUUUUCAAAUUUAGAAGUUACGCGAGUGUUUUCUCUAUCUCUCAUUCUCUCUUUCUCUCCACUCUGGUGGACCACUCUGUAUAUGUUACGUGGCUGGAUCUUCGAUUGUAGUCUCCAUAUUGACCUUAAAACCUUGUUAAAGCUCAUUAAUGAUUGUAUUUCGAUAAGUGCAUUAUGUUCAUUAUGAUUGACUUGGAAAGACUGACAUAUGAAGACAUAUUUCAUGUUCCUGAGACGGUCAAGUCGACUCGUACUUGAAGUUUGAGUGUGAGAAGAAUGUUAGAGUAUGUAUUUGCUUUUACUUUCUAUUCCGAGAGAUGAAUGAAAACGCGUAAAUAUAUAUGCGUGGCAGACAAGAGCAAGAGAAAAACUGCGGAGCGCGAAGAUUGUAUCGAAUAGAACCGUUAGGAUCUCAACUCUGUGUGAUUACGAACGAUGAUUGAUGCAAAGUGGCUCACUUUGCAUCAAUCGAUUCAGAUUAAAGUAACUAGGACAAACGAACGAACAUGGACGUAGCGAGCAAUUUUUUCCUUUGGAAAGGGAAGAGAUAGUAUUUGUCGAUGUAAUUGUUUCUCAGCUCGUUUGAACUUGCGACACUGUCCGCAUACAUUGAAGCAAGUUCGUUUAUUCGUGUUCGUUCGCGCUCUUGUCUGGAUUUAUCUUAGUAUCGCGUGUCUACGUGUUAUCUUUUCAUACGCGCCGAAUUGAUUCACGCUGCAGAUUAUAGUAAUAAUCCCGUUGCUCUUUCAUGUUCUUCAAUAGGACUUCAAUAGGUGUUCACAUCCUGCUUAGCGCGAUUUAGCUCCAACGAUUCUUGAAGAAAAAAAAAAUUAGAACAAAACCGGACUUUUUUCUCAUCAUUAUUUGGAUACUUAUUAUUAAGAGCAGAUAGGUAGUUUGUAUUCUAAAGAUGUACGUUGGUACAUCUACUUCAGGCGAAAUUGGUCGUGUGGUAUGGAUCGAAUUAUUUUAUUUUAUUUUCUUUUUUGAGACCUUGUUUUUUUGCAUGACAGAAAUUGCAUGCAUAACAUAUAUGAUAUAAAACAUUUUUAUACAAAAUAUUCUUUUAAUCGUAUUUUUCUAAAAAUUAAAAUAGCCAAGAUUUUUACACUUUUAAAUGUUGUAUGCAUAUGUCCAACUAACGUUUGAGAGAACCAGGGCAAAUGCAAUUGGAGAAUCACUAUCUGCAAUGUAAGUAAAAGUCUUAGGGAAUUAAGAAUCGAUGGUUGCGUUGAAGCGUCGUCUUCUAGAUCUACGAGGAUUGUCAUAAAUCUUCCCUUCUUCUACCGGCAACGGUAUCCUUCCGUCGUUCUUUAUGUUCCGUCUUCGAGAGACGCCACGCUUACGGGAUAUACUUCAGAGCGUGUCACUCAAAGUGACUUAAGUGGUUCUUCGGCGAUGACGCGUCAGCUCGUGUCAAGCUGUAUUAAGUAUUCCUCAGCACUGCCAAGUGUAUUGAUAUAUUGAUUGCUUUUAAAUUUUCCUUAGAAAGAUUACCAACUUGUCCUUUUUUUUUUGCGUAAUUUCUUCAUGAACGCAGACGGUUUUGUUUCGAUGAUGUAAUUGCCGGCUGCGCGAUAUGCGCUUGUGAUAUCGAUCAGCGAGCAAGAGUAUUAUUAUAAUUGGCAAGAGUAUUAUUAUAAGAAGACUGUGUGUAACGAUGAAGAAAGAAUGCGUAGGAGCGUAUCGCGAUAUCUUUUUUUUUCUCCUAUCGCAUCCUCUCUUUAUCGCAAAAUUCGUGUGCAACAGUAAGGUGAAUUGUCAGUAAAAAAAUUUAUAGAGUACUUGGUAUGAGGAACUUUUAGUAUGAAUAAAUAUUCUUCACUGCGACAGAAGUAAGAAGUAAAAGAAUUCCAAGGUAACAGGGUGGGAUACUGCGUCUCUUGGAAAACAAAAAUUGGAAAAAUAAGAAGUCUAGAGAAUCAGAUGACCCAGAGAUAAUUUAAAGUUUAAUAGAAUUUAAAAAAAAAGGCAGAAACUUAUUAUAUCUUUAUGACAAGAUUAAUAUUUGCAGGGAAAGAACAAAAAAAAGGUCAUUAAUACUUGAUGUAUUAUAUUGAUUUUUAAGAAGAAAAUUUUUCAGAACGGAUGAUGGAAAAUGAUGUAAACUACUAAUGAGAGUGAGAAAAAAGUAAACAUACCAAUAUAGUAUACAUGUUUAAUAGGUGUAACGUGACGUGAAUUAAUUUUUCGCUAUUUUCCCGGAUUUAAAAGUAAAAUUUUGGAAAGUGGCCCAGGAUUGGCGAUAAUCUCGUCAAUCUCGAAGAGAAAAAGAGAGAAGAAAAUAAAAAUCCAGAUACAGCAGCGUGUCUGUAUUGUUGCUGGCAUGUUGCUUGCAAUCGCAUCGUGUGUUGGCGGCAACCGAGUCCGCAUUUGUUGGUAAAACUGAUGCCUUCACGAUAUGACGACUUUGCACCAAGAAAGAAAAAUAGUUGCAGUAGCCAUAUUACCACUACAAUUUAUAGUUAUUUUAUUAUGCGAUUAUAGUCGCAAAUAUCACAUUUUUUCUCAGUGUGGAUAGUAACUUGUUAGCGACAUACCGAUAAUUUGGAAAUUAUCGUCAUUAAAAUUUAUGCUGUUGCUGUUAUUAUAAUAAUUCAUAGGAUCACACAAUGGCUGUUAUAUAUUGCCAACAAUAUGAGGUAACUUCGAUGCUGUUGUCUUGCUGUUAAACUGCUGGCAAAACAUAUAUACAUGAGAGAGAGA